CGCUGCCGACACAUCGGUUUGAGAGACAGGAGGGUCCGUACGGAGCUGAGCCGCUGCCGCACACACACAGCCGUCAACAUGCGGGAAUGUAUCUCGGUCCACCUCGGCCAGGCUGGUUGCCAGAUGGGCAACGCCUGCUGGGAGCUCUACUGCCUCGAGCACGGCAUCCAGCCCGACGGCCAGAUGCCCUCCGACAAGACCAUCGGAGGCGGCGACGACAGCUUCAACACCUUCUUCGCAGAGACCGGCGCCGGCAAGCACGUGCCACGAGCCGUGUUUGUCGACCUGGAGCCCAGCGUAGUCGAUGAGGUGCGCACGGGCACCUACCGCCAGCUAUUCCACCCUGAGCAGCUCAUCACCGGCAAGGAGGACGCCGCCAACAACUACGCCCGUGGCCAUUACACCAUCGGCAAGGAGAUUGUCGACAUUGUGCUGGACCGGAUUAGGAAGCUGGCCGACCAGUGCACAGGUCUGCAGGGUUUCCUGAUCUUCCACUCGUUCGGCGGCGGCACCGGCUCCGGCUUCACCUCGCUGCUGAUGGAGCGUCUCAGCGUCGACUACGGCAAGAAGUCGAAGCUGGAGUUCGCCAUCUACCCGGCGCCGCAGGUGGCCACGGCCGUGGUGGAGCCGUACAACUCCAUCCUGACCACCCACACCACCCUGGAGCACUCGGACUGCGCCUUCAUGGUCGAUAACGAGGCCAUCUACGACAUCUGCCGCCGCAACCUGGACAUCGAGCGCCCGACGUACACCAACCUGAACCGUCUGAUUGGCCAGAUCGUCUCCUCGAUCACGGCCUCGCUGCGCUUCGACGGCGCCCUGAACGUGGACCUGACCGAGUUCCAGACCAACCUGGUGCCCUACCCGCGCAUCCACUUCCCACUGGCCACGUACGCGCCGGUCAUCUCGGCUGAGAAGGCCUACCACGAGCAGCUCUCAGUCGCUGAGAUCACCAACGCCUGCUUCGAGCCGGCCAACCAGAUGGUCAAGUGCGACCCGCGCCACGGCAAGUACAUGGCCUGCUGCAUGCUGUACCGCGGCGACGUCGUGCCCAAGGACGUCAACGCCGCCAUCGCGGCCAUCAAGACCAAGAGGACCAUCCAGUUCGUCGACUGGUGUCCGACCGGCUUCAAGGUGGGCAUCAACUACCAGCCGCCGACCGUGGUGCCCGGCGGCGACCUGGCCAAGGUGCAGCGCGCCGUCUGCAUGCUGUCUAACACCACGGCCAUCGCCGAGGCCUGGGCCCGCCUGGACCACAAGUUCGACCUGAUGUACGCCAAGCGCGCCUUCGUGCACUGGUACGUCGGCGAGGGCAUGGAGGAGGGCGAGUUCUCCGAGGCGCGCGAGGAUCUGGCCGCGCUGGAGAAGGAUUACGAGGAGGUUGGAGUCGACUCCGUCGAGGGCGAGGGAGAGGAUGAGGAGUACUAGUCAGCUCGUGACGCUACCAGGAACGACCUGAGGGGUCCGCCAGUAUCUGGUGAGAAGCCCAAGUGACGAUCCACAUGACGACGAAAGAAUAUGCCGCCCGAGUUGACUUCAGCUACCGAAUCACCGUGCCUGGCUAGGGGUGCCAGUGAUUCUUGGCGAAUACCAUUCCACCCAUGGACGUACUUUUUGAAGCUUGUGUCUUGACUGACGUAUUGCGAAUUGACAUCAGACGAAAGCCGAACCGCUUAUAAGUUAUAACUACGUCUGUGGCACGAUCGAAAUGUUCCUUCUCUGUGUCUGAUAUACUCGUAUGGCAGCCACAAAGCGCUACAGAGCGAGCUGUGACGAUUCAUGUACUUACUCUACGGUGUUGCGUAGGUGACGUGUGGAGAUUUUUCAGCUUUUGCACCGCAGUUGUGCCGGGGCGGCUUAGGAUGCUGCUCAGGCCCAUCGCCGCGCGAGGAACACGUUGCACAUUCCCUGUCGAGAUGACAUUGUCAAUACACUGGCAGCAUCCCCGGCUAUUGGAGUUUGAUCUUUUAUUCACCCCGGCAAUCUGACCCUCAAGGUUUAUUUAUGUAGACAAUAUCAGGCCGCGAGGAUGAGGGGAGAAUUAGGCUCAUUCGUCCAAGAUUACUUUACUAACACCGCAUUCAACCGCCGGCUGUUAUAUGACUAUGUACCGCAGUGGCUGGGUCUGUACUCUGUACUCUGUACAUCGAAGACGAGAGUGCCGCUGGGACAGACCAAUCAGCGACUCAAAUCGUCAUCUCCUACAGUUUUGUUCUUACUGUCCGUACCGAAUACAUGGAAGGGAUGACUA